AAAUUGCAAGCUCGCGCUGUCGCAGCGUGGCUUCUGUCCAAUAUUUUCUGCAAUUGAUUCCUUAACAGUAGCUACUUGAGCCGAUGGUGAAAUUGGACCAAGCAGAGCGCAGCUGAGCGCGAGCAGGGCUUUGCGCGCGAAACCGAGCAUGGACGUGGAGCGGGGCCCCAGCGCGAGCGUGCCCUCGCCUGCUAGCCCAGAGGGCAUUGCAGCCGAGCUCACACAAGCCUGCCACGAUCUACAUGCACGUGGGCUGUUCCAGGCUGCGCAAUGGGCAGCAGAGCAGCUCGUAGGCCUGGAGCUGCACACGUCGCAGCUGCCUGGAGCAGGCGCGUGGCAACAUGAGCAAGCACAUAGCCAGCAGGGCUUAUCGGCGAGGCCGCAGGCCGCUGCCGGACCCCGCCUUGACCCCGACGAGAACCACCCCCAGUACCUUCUCGCACGGUGCUACUUCCAAGCAAAGGAGUACCGCCGCGCGGCGCACGCACUGGCCGGGCUGACGGGGCCGCUGCCCACCUUCCUCCGCCUGUACGCCACAUACUUGGCGGGCGAGAAGCGGAGAGAGGAGGAGCGCAUUGAGCGGGGCGGGCCGCUGGGCCGCGGCGGUGACGUGGCCAACCCCGAGCUGGAGGGACUGGAGGCGGUGCUGGGCGAGAUGCUGCUGCUACAGCCGGGCCAGCAACAGCAGCAGCCGGAGGCUGUAGCAGCAGGCGGGGUGCAGGCGCGGCAGGCGCCGGAGGCGGGCGGCUCGGGGCGGGGGCACCAGCAGCAGCAGCAGCAGGACCCGUUCUUGUUGUACCUGUAUGGGGAGGUUCUGGCGGCGCGGGGCCGGGGGCAGGAGGCGCUGGAGGCACUGACGCUGUCGCUGCGGGCCUACCCCUGUAACUGGAGCGCGUGGCAGACAGUGCAGUCGGUCUGCUCCGGCGCAAGCGGUGGCAGCAGCGCCUCAGCCGCGACGCCCCCAUCCGCCCCUUCCCCCGGCUCCUUCCCACCGCACCACCUGCUGCCGCCGCACGCUGCCGCCUCCGCCGCGGCCGCCAGCGCCCUGCCGCUGCCGGCGGGUCUGCCGGUGCACUGGGCUCGUGAGUUCUUCCUGGCUGCGGCAGCUCUGUCGGGGCAGCAGAACCAGGAGGCACUCAGCCGGCUGCAGGGGCUGGCGCAGGUGUUCCGGGGCAGUCUGGCGGUGGAGGCGUCAGUGGCGCAGGCGCACUACAACCUGCAGAACUUCGACGAGGCCCAGGCGCUGUAUGAGGACUUGCUGGCACGAGACCCAUUCCGCAUCGAGGGCGCCGACACCUUCUCCAACAUCCUGUUCGUCAAGGAGGCCGCCGCGCCGCUGUCUGUGCUGGCGCACCGCGUGGCAGCAACUGACAAGUACCGGCCCGAGAGCUGCUGCGUGCUGGGAAACUACUACUCACUGCAGGGCAGUCACGAAAAGGCGGUGGAGUGCUUCCGCCGCGCCUUGCGGCUGGAUCCGCGCUGCCUGGCGGCGUGGACGCUGAUGGGGCACGAGUACAUGGAGGUUAAGAACACGCCGGCAGCCAUCGACGCUUACCGCCGUGCCAUUGAUGUCAGCCCGCAGGACUUCCGCGCCUGGUACGGCCUGGGCCAGGCCUAUGAGCUCCUCAAGAUGCCCUACUACGCGCUCUACUACUACCGCCGGGCCGCGGCGCUGAGGCCCACUGACGCCCGCAUGUGGUGCGCGCUGGCGCAGUGCUACGUGCACGAGCAGGUGGGCCUCACGGACGCCGCUAUCCGCGCCUACCAGCGCGCCGUGGAGCACAACGACCCAGACGGCAUCGCCGUGCACAAGCUGGCCAAGCUGUAUGAGAGCCGCGGCGACCUCGACUCGGCGGAGCGCCUGUUCCGCCAUAGCCUGCAGCGACUGGAGGGCAACGGCCCCCAAGCUCUGUACAGCAGUGACGCCGUUGAGGCGCUGUCCUUUCUGGCGGAGCGGUGCAAGGACACGGGUCGCCUGGCGGAGGCGGAGGAGCUGUGUGCGCGGCUGAUGGACGCGGGCGGCCCAGCCAAGGAGCGAGCCAAAGCACUGGCGCGGGAGAUACGCAGCCUAGCCACCUACGGCGGCGGCGGCAGGGAGCCAGGCGGCGGCGGUGGCGGUGGCGGGCCGCUGGCGCCACAUAGGGGCGGCCUGGGGCUGGGGCUGGGGCUGGGCCCCGGCGGAGGGUUGACGCACGCUCCCAUGGAUGCGGACACGCCGAUGGGCGGUACGCCGGGAGGCCGGUCGCCGCCUACGGCCCGGAGGCCGCUGGGCGGCGCACUGUCCUUCAGCCGCGGCGGCAGCAUCUUCGCAGCCGCCGCGGGGGGCCCGAGCGUGCAGCGCAGCGGCGCCGGCCUGCGCAGCGGCGGCGGCGGCGGCGCCUCGGCCUCGGCCGCGGCGCUGGCGGCUGAGGGCGGCCUGCUCCACCUGCUGGGGCUGAGUCACCUUCUGGAGGCGGCGGAGGCGGAGGCGGAGGGGGGCGGCGGAGGCGCGGGCGCGGCGGAGGCGGCUCUGGAGGAGCUGGUGGCGGCGGAACUGGGAGGCUGCGACCCAACUGCCGUGCUGGCGGUCAUGCAGCAGCUGCAGCACGCCUAAUUCCCGUAUUCCCGCCCGCUGGUUGUAGUCGAGCUCACCUAUAAGCAUGGGAAUGGAAAGGCAUUGGGCGGCAGCACAGAAGUGUCACGGACAUGUGAAAUGGCAGCAAUGGAAGAGGGCGGCGUGCAGCAAGCAAGCUAUCUAAUGUCUUAACA